AUGGAUAAAUUCGUGCAAGUUUACAGUGGUGGGGAGCUGGUGAAGGGCCCGAAAGGGGUGGAGUUCGGGGACCUCUCUCAGGAGGGUAUAUGGUUCGAGGCAGCACCCACAUACGGUGAGCUGAUUGACGCUGUGUGCAAGAGGCUCGGGUUGGAUCCGGCGACGCACAGUAUCCGUGCGCAGGGCCGGACGAAUGUUGGUGGGGGUGCGCAUCGGCACUUCAUCAUGGUGCCUAUCAAUGAUGAUAUGUCCUGGAGUAACUACGUCAAGGCGGUUUUCAAUGGCACCGACUGGAAUUGCUUGGAGGUUUAUGUUCAGGCAGAGAAGCGUUCGUCUGCAGAGGCGGUUUCUUCAGAGGUUGAAUUGAUGGAUAGCGAACCACCGGAUGUGCAACGUCAAGAUGCGCCACCACCAGAUCCAGCACAGGGUGCUUCUCUGUUUAAUCCUUCGAUGGUGAACACCUUUGCACCAACCGUGCAUUCUCUGCGUGCUCGGCUACGAAAACCAAGAACGAACACCAGGACAUAUGCUGCCAAAGGUGGCGCAGAGGUUCAGUUUGGGCAAUAUCACACUGGAGCUUCGGAGCCAGUUGAUACAACCAUCUAUCCUUUAAUUGGGUUGUAUGAUGAGGAUCACCGUGCUCGUGCUUUAGUGUCAGGCAAGAAUCUGACCGAGCUCAACCCUCGUAACCGCGAGCCUCUCCGGUUUGACAAGCGGUACGAAUGUUACCUUAGAGCAGCUGGGUUGAUCGGGCUGGCAAACAUUUCUAGGGCUGGACUGCCCUCCAUUGAUCGUGCACUCGUCUCUGCGCUAGUUGAUCGGUGGAGACCUGAGACCCACACUUUUCACAUGCCCUGCGGUGAGCUCACAAUCACACUACAGGAUGUUGCCAUGAUUCUUGGACUGCCUAUCGCUGGCCGUGCUGUCACUUCAAACCAAACAGAGUCCCACAGUGAAUUGUAUCAACGUUACCUUGGGAAGAUGCCUCCAUCAGAUAAGACCCGUCAUGGUUUGAAGGUUGCAUGGGUCAGAGCUGAGUUCAAUAACUGCCCAGAAGACGCUGAUGAGGAGACCGUAAAGCAGCAUGCAAGGGCAUACAUACUUAGCCUGGUCGGUGGUCUGUUGUUUCCUGACGCCUCUGGUGAUAGGUACAACGCAUAUCCCUUUCCGCUGAUAGCUGAUCUUGAGAAUAUUGGGUCAUACAGU